GCCAAGCCCACCUACUCAGCAAGCCUCAGAUGCACAGUUCCCAGGUGGGAUCUAUGGAAGGGAGUAGCCGGAGGAGGGGGUUCAAAGGUCCACGAUCUGUUUGUCUUCUUCCUUCUGCAACCAUGUUUGUCACUGUGAUGUUUGGAGCUGGUUGUCAGGUGCUGGUGAACCCCUGGUGCAGCCUGGUGACCUUCAUUAGGCACCUGAAACAGAAGGCUCAGGUUCCCCCAGAAGUAACCAUUGCUCUUCUGGCUGAAGACGGGCACCUGGUGAAGCUGGAAGAGGGGAUCGCCGAGCCCCCCUCCAUGGCCUAUUCCCUGCUACAGGAGCAAGGGACCUAUGUCCUGGUACAGGUCAUUAAAGGGAAAGAUGGGACUCCCACCCACUAUGAGUCUCUACUGGACAACUUAGAUGACCAAUGUCCAGAGUUAGCGGAGGAGCUGUGCUGGCUCUCCGGCUUUCCGGGCACAAGCAACAGUCAGAGAAGACGCACAGGCAUUCGGCGUGGCCACCGGGAACAUGGUCCCCCUUCAAGGUCUCGAAGGGUAGCCUCCCUACCACCUAGAAACCGCUAACUGGAGCCAGAGCCAGGUACAGAAGAGCAGGUCCUAUGACCUGGCGUACCACAGACAAGUGGCCCAGCUGGACCUGGAUCCAAGGGGACUGGCCCUGACCUCUGCAUUUAUGAUCAACUGCAAAACAGACAGCGGUCCAACAGCACCUCCUCUUUCAGAACCUGGCAUUACUAAGAAGUUGCAUCAGCAAGAAGGGAAAGGUCACAGACAGGAUGGGAGAGCCCCCCUCCCACCCCCUUCCCCCAUUUGAGGGCAGGGAAAAGGAUCCAAGGACCAAAACAAGAGUGAGGGGGCAGAUGUUCCUGUGGGGCAAAAACAGUAAUCUGUCCUUAACUACCCACAAAGCAGAUUAUAACAGGGUUCCUACCCCCACCCAGAGGUCCAAGUACAGCCUAGGGUUACACAGCAAGAGACAUUCUCCCCUCCCUUUACACACACACACACAUCUCCCACCAGACAGGGAGUCAGUGAGCACACAGCAGGCUGUGGUCUACAGUAAACUCUUUAAUUGAA